UCAAUUUAUAAAUAAAUUAUAUUGAUAAUUAAUUAAACAAUUUAAUUUUCAACAGUUUAUUUGAUUAUAAAAUUUGUGAUUUCGGAGUAAAAGUUUGUGUUUUUGUUUUUAAUAAAAGUGAGGUUACGUUGAUGACUGAAAAUUUGACAAAUUAAUUAACAACAAUAAGGAUAAAUAAAUAUAAAAAAUGGCUGAUUACUGGAAAUCUCAAGGACGUAAAUUUUGUGAUUUUUGCAAAUGUUGGACUGCUGAUAACAAGCCAAGCAUUGAAUUUCAUGAAAAUGGCAAAAAACAUAAAGAAAAUGUUGAAAAAAGGCUCAAAGAAAUUCAUAAAAAUAGUGCAAAACAAAUGAAAAUAACAAAAAAAUAUGAAAGUGAUAUUAAAAAUAUGGAAAAUGCUGCUAUGGCAGCUUAUCUCAAAGAUUUGGAGGGUAAUCAAAUGGAUCUGACUGCUCAACAAUUAGUUCGAGAUAAAAAGAAAAGAAUUGAACAAUCAUCAUUUGUUGAUACAAAUCCAAAUCAAAUGCCUAUGACACCUCUCGAGACAAACCCUCGUCACAAAAGCAGUAAAAAUUUGCCUGGAGGUAUUGAUUUUUGUGACCCAUCAUCAUUUCAACGUGUUCAAGCAAGAGAAUCAAGACAACAAAUUUCAGCAUCAAAUGAAACCAAUAAUAAAACACCUGGAACAAAAAAAAAUGAUAAAAAAAUUAAAGAAGAUGAUCAACCAAAAAGUUACAUGCAAAAACUUUGGUAUGAAGCUAAAAGUCCUGAAGGAUGGACUUAUUAUUGGCACACUGAGACACAUGAAAGAAAAUGGGAAAUUCCAGUAGAAGGAUACAUGUCAAUUGCUGAACAAGAAGAGGAAGUGAAGGAGCAAGCACUCCAGUUGAAACUUUUAGAUCAAUUGGAAAAAGAAGAGCUCAUUGAGAAAGCUGAUAUUAUUGAAGAACAAAGAGCCAAUGCUGAGCGUGAAAGAUUAAAGGAAUUUAGAAAAAAUAAAGUUAAUACUGGGAGAAAUAAAACAGGUGAUGGUGUAAGUCAAGAAACUACAAAACAAGAUGAUCAUCAAGAAGAGGAAGAAGAAGAAGAAGAGGAAAAAAUACCUUAUCGACGAGACUACAGUGUUCCUGAUAGAGUUGAUCCUUAUGGACCCUGGAAGAUUGUUGAAAUAAAACCGAAAAAAGUUAUUAAUCUUCAGCUUCCAGAACAGAGAAAAGUUAUUGAAGUUAAACCAAAGCAAGCAGCUCCAGUUCCUGUUCGAAUAUUUAAAGAAAAAGUUGUUACUAAAAUUCAUUCUGAUGAUAGUGAUGAUGAAGGUAGCAGCACACCAGUAUUUAAAAAACGUAAAUUUGGUAAUAAAAAUACCAGAAAAAGGCUAGAUGAUGAUGAAUAAUUGAUAAAAUAUUUUUUAAAAUAGUUAAAUUGUCAUUUUUAUUAAGUAUUUUACAAAAACAUUUUUUUUUUUUUUAAAUUAAAAAAUUCGUAAAAUAAAAAUAAUUGUAUAUUUUAAAUGUUUAAUUUAUUAUUGUUUUGAAAAAUAUUAAAAUUAAGUUAUUGCAAAAGUUAAUUGUAUUCUAGUUAAUUGAACAUUAGUAAAAUAUUAUUUUAUAACAUUUAAAUUGUCUUUGUAAAAAUAUCAAUCGAAAUUUUCAAUUCGAAAUGAUUUUUUCGAUUCGAAAUUAUUAUUUCGAUUGAAUUUUGCAAAGUUGCUUCGUGUACAACAGUCGGUUAUAAAGUAGCAAAUCUUCUUACAAUAGCCACAAAUAAUUUCACAGCGCUUCUAAAGCUAGGUCAGGUUUUUGCAUCACAAGCAAGUCAACAAUCAACAAGGCCAGGAGAUCAAAAAAGAACAAAAAAAACAAGUUAUAAUUAUUAUUUAAUCAUUAAAUAAACAAUGUCAUGGCAUUGUAGUGGAUCAACAAAUCAAGAAAUGAUGCAAAUAUACUGUCAACUGAAAGA